UAAAACACGAUCUAAAUGACCAUUGUACCCGUAUCAAGAACAACUUCGUACAUAUCGUCGUGUCCUGCUCUCCGUGAUCCUUCAAUCUGUCGAUCUGAUCGUUUCGAAACCGCGCGAUUCUUACCAAAUCCAGCUUUAUCCAUGGCUUCUUCAAUGUUGUCUCUCGGUUCUACUUCUCUCUUACCACGCGAGAUUAGCAAGGAUAAGCUAAAGCUUGGAACUUCAGGUUCGAACCCGUUCCUGAAAGCAAAGUCUUUUAGCCGGGUGACUAUGACGGUUGCAGUCAAGCCUUCUCGUUUUGAGGGUAUAACUAUGGCUCCUCCAGACCCUAUUCUUGGAGUCAGCGAAGCAUUCAAAGCUGACACUAACGAGAUGAAACUCAAUCUUGGUGUUGGUGCUUAUCGAACUGAGGAACUCCAGCCUUAUGUGCUUAAUGUUGUUAAAAAGGCAGAGAAUUUGAUGUUGGAGAGAGGAGAUAACAAAGAGUAUCUCCCAAUUGAGGGGUUGACAGCAUUCAACAAGGCUACUGCUGAGUUGCUAUUUGGAGCUGGUCAUCCUGUUAUUAAGGAACAAAGAGUAGCAACAAUUCAGGGUCUUUCAGGAACAGGUUCACUGCGAUUAGCAGCGGCUCUUAUAGAGCGUUAUUUUCCUGGAGCAAAAGUUGUGAUAUCAUCACCAACCUGGGGUAAUCACAAGAAUAUCUUCAAUGAUGCCAAAGUUCCAUGGUCUGAAUACCGGUACUAUGAUCCAAAAACAAUUGGUUUGGACUUUGAAGGAAUGAUAGCAGAUAUUAAGGAAGCUCCAGAAGGAUCUUUCAUCUUGCUUCACGGAUGUGCUCACAACCCAACUGGAAUUGACCCAACACCAGAACAGUGGGUGAAAAUUGCUGAUGUCAUUCAGGAAAAGAACCAUAUCCCAUUCUUUGAUGUUGCAUACCAGGGCUUUGCUAGUGGAAGCCUUGAUGAAGAUGCAGCAUCUGUGAGAUUAUUUGCUGAGAGGGGAAUGGAGUUUUUUGUUGCUCAGUCAUAUAGUAAAAAUUUAGGUCUUUAUGCAGAAAGAAUUGGGGCAAUCAAUGUCGUAUGCUCAUCAGCCGAUGCUGCUACUAGGGUCAAGAGUCAAUUGAAAAGGAUUGCUCGGCCUAUGUACUCGAACCCACCAGUUCAUGGCGCGAGAAUUGUGGCUAAUGUCGUGGGGGAUGCAACUAUGUUCGGUGAAUGGAAAGCAGAGAUGGAAAUGAUGGCUGGAAGAAUAAAGACGGUGAGACAAGAGUUGUACGAUAGCCUCGUUUCAAAAGACAAGAGCGGAAAGGACUGGUCCUUCAUUCUGAAGCAAAUUGGCAUGUUCUCUUUCACUGGCUUGAACAAAGCUCAGAGCGAUAACAUGACGAACAAGUGGCAUGUGUACAUGACCAAAGACGGAAGAAUAUCGUUGGCAGGAUUGUCAAUGGCGAAAUGCGAGUACCUUGCUGAUGCCAUCAUUGACUCGUACCACAACGUAAGUUGAGUGGGAGAUAUAGUAAAAUGACAAUAAGAACCAAGUUUUAUAUACUUUUUGAGCUUCUUUUGUGAUCUUUGAUUGAUACAACCAGAAAGGCUAAAUUAAUAAAGCUAGCUCAGAGUAUGAUAGCUAGACAUUUUGUCGAGGAACCUCUUGAUUUUAUUGUGUUUGACAGGCCUUGUUGUAUUGGGAGACUCCAAUCGAGUUAUAGAAGAACUUUUUUACUUGUUCCGAUUGUAUUUACCCAAUUUCACACAAUUAAACUCUUGAGAAUUUUCGACA